CAAUGGCCGACUGGAGCUAGCUAGUUUUCUUUUAACAUGAAUGCUAUUUUCAACUGUAGAUUUACAGGUAGGCAUUAUUUUAAAGACAAUAUCAGUGUUAUGAGCAAACGAUUCACCAAAGUGUACAUUACGAGCAAGAAACUAGCUGUUUGUGGCCUGCUUUGAGCGUCGCCAUGAGUGAUGUUGUCGAGAAGACUCUGUCUGCUCUCCCGAGUCUCCUUUCGCUAGACUCGCAGGCAGGAGCUGGGAAACUUUCCCCCUCCUCCAAAUUAGGGAACCUGAUCAAGGGAAUCACUGAACUGACGUCCAAACAUGUGAGUACCGUAGCCAGCUCUCUGGCACAUUAUGGUCAGCAUCGCUGACAGCAGUAGCUAACAUUAGGUGGCUAGCUGUCUGUAAUAAUAAUAAUAAUAAUGUACCCUUUCUCUACAAUUUGUGGUGUAUUAGCUAGUGCCCACAGCCAACGUUAGCUGGCUAGCCACAAUUAACCACCCUGAAACAAAACUGUAAUUAUUUACUAGUGUCCACUGAUCCCCAAAAUUAUCCUUAACUUCAAGCCUAUGCCGUAUUGACCUAUGCUUGAGACUGACAGCCUAUUUGAUAUUGAUGUAUUAGGAUUCCCAUUAGCUGACGCCAGUGGCGACAGCUUGUCUUACUGGGGUCCGACACGUAACGAAAAAGACAAUGCAGACAAAAUACUUUACAAUUUACAUUAAAAACAUUAACGUUGCGUGUAUCUAUCAGUUACACAUACAUGUCUUUGCAGCACUUGACCAUAUGAAUGGACAAUAAUCAAGGAAAGAUAAAAACUAGAGCCUGCAGGACUUGCUUUGUGGAGUGUGGUGUCAAAAAAGCAGAGUAUCUCUUUAUUACGCACAGACCUCUCCCCAUCUUUACAUCCAUUGAAUCUAUAUGUUUUGACCAUGACAGUUUACAAAUCAAAUCACAUUUUAUUGGUCACAUAGACAUAUUUAGCAGAUGUUAUUGCAGGUGUAGUGAGGUAACACCAAGUAAUUAAGUCUCCUCAACUAGUUCAACAGCCACACCAUUCAUUACCAGAUUCAGCUGAGGUCUAGAAUUUAGGGAAUGAUUUGUACCAAAUACAAUGCUCUUAGUUUUAGAGAUGUUCAGGACCAGUUUAUUACCGGCCACCCAUUCCAAAACACACUGCAGCUCUUCUUUAAGGGAAAGGAAAGGGGGAUACCUAGUCAGUUGUACAAUUGAAUGCAUUCAACUGAAAUGUGUCUUCCACAUUUAACCCAACCCUCUCUGAAUCAGAGAGGUGCGGGGGGGCUGCCUUGAUCGACAUCCACGUCAUCGGCGGCCGGGGAACAGUGGGUUAACUGCCUUGCUCAGGGGUUUCAGGGACUUCCUUAGCUGUAGUUGCUGAUGCGUAUAUAUUUUUAACAUCACCUACAUAAGAGUCACAGCAAAAGCUUUUGUGUGAUCUCUUAUACACUAUUUUAGGCCCAGCUUUUGGAACUUUGGCUUUCCUGGAUAUAGCCACUAUAUUGUGAUCACUGCAUCCAAUGGGUACGGAUACAGCUUCAGAACAAAGUUCUACAGUAUUAGUAAAAAUGUGAUCAAUACAUGUGGAUGAUCUUGUUCCUGUAGUGUUUGUGAACACCCUGGUAGGUUGAUUAAUAACCUGAACCAGAUUACAGGCACUGGUUACGGUGAGAAGCUUCCUCUUGAGCGGACAGCUUGAUGAAAACCAGUCAAUAUUCAGGUCCCCAAGAAAGUAGACCUCUCUGUUUACAUCACAUACACUAUCAAGCAUUUCACACAUAUUAUUUAGACACUGGCUGUUAGCACUUGGUGGCCUAUAGCAACACCCCCAAAGAAAAGGAUUUGAUUGUGCCAGGUGAACCUGCAACCACAACACUUCAAUAACACUUGACAAAAUAACUUCUCUAAGUAUUACAGGGAAAUGGCUCUGAAUAUAUACAGCAGCACCUCCACCAUAAGCAUUUCUGUCUCUUCUGUAGAUGUUAUAUCCUUGUAUUGCUACUGCUGUAUCAUCAAAUGAAUUAUCUAAGUGAGUCUCAGAAAUGGCUAAUAUAUGAAUGUUCUCUGAUGUUAGCAAGUUAUUGAUUUCAUGAACCUUAUUUCUAAGGCUACAUAUAUUAAUAUGGGCUAUUUUCAGCCCUUUCCCGGGUAGUUGAUCAGUGAUAGACAUAAUAUAGAAAAGAGCAAACGAAGCCCAGAGCCAAUGCAGGUCCACUACACCUGGUCCUCACUCUAUACACUCUAUAUACUCUCUAUAUACUCAUUCCUAUUGUCUUUCUUUCCAGGAGGAGGAAAAGCUUAUUAAAAAGGAACUGGCUGCUAUCAAGGAGCAGGUAGCAUCUCCCAACACCUCCAUGGUAAGUCUCACUUCAUCUUCCCGCCAGAAAGCGACACAGAGAGGCAUUGCGACGUGUCCGUCAAAAUAUCUAAUCAUGCUGAGACUGUUUUGUUUUCGUUCAUUUACUUGUAUUAUAUGUGGACUAUGUUACUUGCAGCGUCUUUCUUAAUAAUUGCACCAGAGGGGGAACUGAACACUGUAUUUUAACACUGUAUUGAAUUGAAUAUUUGGACAUUCUUCUCAGUCAAAUGGUUGCCACAUGAAGUAAUGUUGAUGUAUAAUAAUGUAAUUUCAGCGUCAGAUGAAGGAAAUAAUGGUGAGAGCUAUCUACUGUGAGAUGCUGGGUUACCAGGCGUCCUUCAGUUACAUCCACGCCAUCAAACUGGCUCAGCAGGGCAGUGUCCUAGAGAAGAGAGUGGGUACGUCCAUACAUAUUCAUAGGAUGGGUACGAGCCAUACAUAUUCAUAGGAUGGGUACGAGCCAUACAUAUUCAUAGGAUGGGUACGUACCAUACAUAUUCAUAGGAUGGGUACGAGCCAUACAUAUUCAUAGGAUGGGUACGUUUCAUACAUAUUCAUAGGAUGGGUACGAGCCAUACAUACAUAUUCAUAGGAUGGGUACGAGCCAUACAUACAUAUUCAUAGGAUGGGUACGAGCCAUACAUACAUAUUCAUAGGAUGGGUACGAGCCAUACAUAUUCAUAGGAUGGGUACGAGACAUACAUAUUCAUAGGAUGGGUACGAGCCAUAGACAUACAUAUUCAUAGGAUGGGUACGAGCCAUAGACAUACAUAUUCAUAGGAUGGGUACGAGCCAUACAUAUUCAUAGGAUGGGUACGAGCCAUACAUACAUAUUAAUAGGAUGGGUACGAGCCAUAGACAUACAUAUUAAUAGGAUGGGUACGAGCCAUAGACAUACAUAUUCAUAGGAUGGGUACGAGCCAUACAUAUUCAUAGGAUGGGUAUGAGCCAUACACCUACAGUACCAGUCAAAAAUGUGGACACACCUACUCAUUCAAGGGUUUUUCUUUAUUUGUACUAUUUUCUACAUAGCAUAAUGAAGACAUCAAAACAAUGAAAUAACACAUAUGGAAUCAUGUAGUAACCAAAAAAGUGUUAAACAAAUCAAAAUAUAUUUGAGAUUCUUCAAAGUAGCCACCCUUUGCCUUGAUGACAGCUUUGCACACUCUUGGCAUUCUCUCAACCAGCUUCAUGAGGUAGUCACCUGGAAUGCAUUUCAAUUAACAGGAGCGCCUUGUUUUAAAGUUAAUUUGUGGAAUUUCUUUCCUUCUUAAUGCGUUUGAGCCAAUCAGUUGUGUUGUGACAAGGUAGGGGUGGUAUACAGAAGAUAGCCCUAUUUGGUAAAAGACCAAGUCCAUAUUAUGGCAAGAACAGCUCAAAUAAGCAAAGAGAAACGUCAGUCCAUCAUUACUUUAAGACAUGAAGGUCAGUCAAUACGGAACAUUUCAAGAACUUUGAAAGUUUCUUUAACUGCAGUCGCAAAAACCAUCAAGCGCUAUGAUGAAACUGGCUCUCAUGACGACCGCCACAGGAAACGAAGACCCAGAGUUACCUCUGCUGCAGAGGAUACGUUCAUUAGAGUUAACUGCACCUCAGAAAUUGCAGCCCAAAUAAAUGCUUCACAGAGUUCAAGUAACAGACACAUCUCAACGUCAACUGUUCAGAGGAGACUGCGUGAAUCAGGCACUCAUGGUUGAAUUGCUGCAAAGAAACCACUACUAAAGGACACCAAUAAGAAGAGACCUGCUUGGGCCAAGAAACACGAGCAAUGGACAUUAGACCGGUGGAAGUCUGUCCUUUGGUCUGAUGAGUCCAAAUUUGAGAUUUUAGGUUCCGCCGUGUCUUUGUGAGACACAGAGUAAGUGAAUGGAUGAUCUCUGCAUGUGUGGUUCCCACCGUGAAGCAUGGAGGAGGUGGUUUGAUGGUGUGGGGGUGCUUUGCUGCUGACACUGUCAGUGAUUUAUUUAGAAUUCAAGGCACACUUAACCAGUAUGGCUACCACAGCAUUCUGCAGCGAUACGCCAUCCCAUCUGGUUUGUGCUUAGUGGGACUAUCAUUUGUUUUUCAACAGGACAAUGACUCAAAACACACCUCCAGGCUGUGUAAGGGCUAUUUGACCAAGGAGAGUGAUUGAGUGCUGCAUCAGAUAACCUGGCCUCCACAAUCACCCGACCUCAACCCAUUUGAGAUGGUUUGGGAUGAGUUGGACCGCAGAGUGAAGGAAAAGCAGCUAACAAGUGCUCAGCAUAUGUGGGAACUCCUUCAAGACUGUUGGAAAAGCAUUCCUCAUUAAGCUGGUUGAGAGAAUGCCAAGAGUGUGCAAAGCUGUCAUCAAGGCAAAGGGUGGCUACUUUGAAGAAUCUCAAAUAUAAAAUAUAUUUUGAUUUGUUUAACACUUUUUUGGUUACUACAUGAUUCCAUAUGUGUUAUUUCAUAGUUUUGAUGUCUUCACUAUUAUUCUACAAUGUAGAAAAUAGUAAAAAUAAAGAAAAACCCUUGAAUGAGUAGAUGUGUCAACUUUUGACUGGUACUGUACAUAUUCAUAAGAUGGGUACGUUCCGUAGACAUACAUAUUCAUAGGAUGUUAUGUGCUCAUGAUAUUUACAUACAGCAUCGGUAUGUUAUAUUCUCCUUUUAUUUUUUUAAAUCAUUUGAUUUGGUAACGAUUCAGAAAGCCUAACCUGCUGUAACACAUUUAUUAAAAUGCAAACUAUUUUUAAAUGUGUCCAAUAGUUCUGUUGAUUUCAUCUGUGUUUCCAGGUUACCUUGCUGUGUCCUUGUUCCUUAACGAAACGGAUGAGUUUCUGCUUCUCCUGGUGAACACCGUCUUAAAGGUGCAUUUUUUCUCAACCCUGAUUUGUGUCGUUGGGGUUUCCAGUUGUUGAAUGCAAGACAUUUACAUUUUACAUUUGAGUCAUUUUAGCAGACGCUCUUAUCCAGAGCGACUUACAGGAGCAAUUAGGGUUAAGUGCCUUGCUCAAGGGCACAUCGACAGAUUAUUCACCUAGUCGGCUCGGGGGAUUAGAACCAGCGACCUUUCGGUUACUGGCACAACGCUCUUAACCACUAAAGCUACCUGCCGCAAGAUGUGUUGUUGUUGUUGUUCUAAAAACGUGUUGUUUUGACAGGAUCUGCAGAGUACCAACCUGAUCGACGUGUGCAUGGCUCUAACUGUGGUCAGUCAGGUGUUUCCCAGAGACAUGAUACCUGCCAUCCUACCAGUGGUGGAGGAAAAACUCACACAUCCAAAGUGAGCACUUGGACUUGAUUAUUACACACAGAUCCUUAUACACUUUAUGGGCAAACGAGACUUAAAUUUGCAGUGGGUCGUUUGGUUUGGUAUGUGUGUGUGUGUGUGUGAUCUCUGAAGGCAUUGAACCUACAACCUUUGCUGUUGCUUGACUUGAUUAUUUCACACAGAUCCUUAUACACUUUAUGGGCAAACGAGACUUAAAUUUGCAGUGGGUCGUUUGGUUUGGUAUGUGAUCUCUGAAGGCAUUGAACCUACAACCUUUGCUGUUGCUUGUGUUCUGACAACGCUCUGAUUUUAGGACCCUUUACCCCCCAUUUUUCAUCUGUCCACAGGGAGAUCAUCCGGAGGAAAGCAGUCCUGGCUCUGUACAAGUUCUACCUCAUCGCGCCCAACCAGGUGCAGCACAUCCACAGCAAGUUCCGGAAGGCCCUGUGUGACAAAGACCCGGGAGUCAUGGCAGCCUCUCUACACAUCUACCUGCAGCUCAUCAAGGUUACCUUCUGUCACAAUGGCAUCAUUUCUUAAAUCCAUAUCAUUGGAGAAAAAAAAGACUUGCCUUUAUAAAUCUUGGUUUAUCAAAAAGUCUUAACAGCAGCACCCAGCUACAGUGGAAUUGUUCUACCAAUUCAUUUCCCCCCCCCCAUUGAUUACAUAAAUCGCUAACAUUUUGUUUUAGUUGUGCCACUUAAGUACAGACUAUACAGUCGUGGUCCAAAGUUUUUGAGAAUGACGCAAGUAUUGAUCUUCACAAAGUUCGCUGCUUCAGUGUUUUUAGAUAUUUUUUGUCAGAUGUUGCUAUGGUAUACUGAAGUAUAAUUACAAGCAUUCCAUAAGUGUCAAAGGCUUUUUAUUGACAAUUACAUUAAGUUUAUGCAAAGAGUAAAUAUUUGCAGUGUUGACCCUUCUUUUUCAAGACCUCUGCAAUCCACCCUGGCAUGCUGUCAAUUCACUUCUGGGUCACAUCCUGACUGAUGGCAGCCCAUUCUUGCAUAAUCAAUGCUAGGAGUUUGUCAGAAUUUGUGGGUUUUUGUUUGUCCACCCGCCUCGAGGAUUGACCACAAGUUCUCAAUGGGAUUAAGGUCUGGGGAGUUUCCUGGCCAUGGACCCAAAAUGUUGAUGUUUUGUUCCCCGAGCCACUUAGUUAUCACUUUUGCCUAAUGGCAAGGUGCUCCAUCAUGCUGGAAAAGGCAUUGGUCGUCACCAAACUGUUCUUGGAUGGUUGGGAGAAGCUCUCGGAGGAUGUAUUGGUACCAUUCUUUAUUCAUGGCUGUGUUCUUAGGCAAAAUGGUGAGUGAGCCAACUCCCUUGGCUGAGAAGCAACCCCACACAUGAAUGGUCUCAGGAUGCUUUACUGUUGGCAUGACACAGGACUGAUGGUAGGGCUCACCUUGUCUUCUCCGGACAAGCUUUUUUCCGGAUGCCCCAAACAAUCGGAAAGGGGAUUCAUCAGAGAAAAUGACUUUACCCCAGUCUUCAGCAGUCCAAUCCAUGUACCUUUUGCAGAAUAUCAGUCUGUCCCUGAUGUUUUUCCUGGAGAGAAGUGGCUUCCUCGCUGCCCUUCUUGACACCAGGCCAUCCUCCAAAAGUCUUUGCCUCACUGUGCGUGCAGAUGCACUCACACAUGCCUGCUGCCAUUCCUGAGCAAGCUCUGCACUGGUGGUGCCCCGAUCCCGCAGCUGAAUCAACUUUAGGAGACGGUCCUGGCACUUGCUGGACUUUCUUGGGCGCCCUGAAGCCUUCUUCACAACAAUUGAACCUCUCUCCUUUAAGUUCUUGAUGAUCUGAUAAAUGGUUGAUUUAGGUGCAAUCUUACUAGCAGCAAUAUCCUUGCCUGUGAAGGUAUUUUUGUGCAAAGCAAUGACGGCGGCACGUGUUUCCUUGCAGGUAACCAUGGUUAACAGAGGAAGAACAAUGAUUUCAAGCACCACCCUCCUUUUUAAAGCUUCCAGUCUGUUAUUCUAACCCAAUCAGCAUGACAGAGUGAUCUCCAGCCCUGUCCUCGUCAACACUCUCACCUGUGUUAACGAGAGAAUCACUGACAUGAUGUCAGCUGGUCCUCUUGUGGCAGGGCUGAAAUGCAGUGGAAAUGUUUUUUGUGGGAUUAAGUUCAUUUUCAUGACAAAGAGGGAUUUUGCAAUUAAUUGCAAUUCAUCUGAUCACUCUUCAUAACAUUCUGGAGUAUAUGGAAAUUGCCAUCAUAAAAAACUGAGGCAGCAGACCACGUGAAAAUGUAAUAUUCGCGUCAUUCUCAAAGCUUUUUGACCACGACUGUACUAGCCAAUGUCGUGUCCUGUAAGACUAUAAGAAUAUAUAUGACUGUAAGCAACUUGCUCUUUCCCAAUAUCUCCAGGAGAACCCGGAGAGCUACAAGGAUCUGACCGUGAGCAUGGUGACCAUCCUGGGACAGGUGGUAGGGGGUAAACUCCCCAUGGACUUCAACUACCACAGCAUUCCUGCUCCCUGGCUUCAGAUACAGCUGCUCAGAAUACUGGCCUACUUGGGGAAGGAAGACCAGGGGUACACAGUAACAUGUCAUAUCCUUGUGUCCACUCAUCCCCCUUCACAUUCUGGUGUCACCUUUUAUUGAGUAGAAAUCUGGGCCAGUUACUCCUGCAAUAAGAAGCACUUUCUACAGAGAUUCUCCAUGAUGCUUUUUUAAAAAAAGUUCAGUUUAGGCUGAAUCUGCGUCUGGGAGACUGACCCCUAUAAUCAUUGUCUAUUUAGGUUAUAGAGUUUGUUGUUGUCUCGGAAGGGUCGUCUCUGGCAACUCCGUUUUCUAUCUAAGCUGUUCCUCUGUUUUACAGAACUAGUGAGUUGAUGUAUGACGUGCUGGAGGACUCCUUAAGAAGAGCAGAGAUGAACCACAACAUGACUUACGGUAUGUAACGUGUGGACAUUACAGGGUGUGCUUGACAUCUGCACAUGGUUGCACAUCCCUCAUGCCUUUUGGUUUAACUUUCUUAUUGGGGUUUUUUUUUUUUUUUUCAGCAAUUUUAUUUGAGUGUGUGAAGACAAUCUUUACGGUUCAUCCAAAGGCACAACUGUUGGAGAAAGCGGCGGAAUGCAUCGGGAACUUUGUCCUAUCACCUAAGAUCAACCUCAAGUAUCUGGGUAAGAAUCCUCCAUGUUCAGCGUGGUCAGAAGUUAGGCCUAAUCUUUUUAAAUGAUAUUAUAGUUAAGUGAUCAUCCAGUAGGUAAUGUGGACUAAAAGGACAUCAUUAAAACCAGUUUACAACCACAACUGUUUGUACUUCAGUUGUAUUGACGUCAUUUAAAGAACUUGCCCGCUGGGCACUCCUAUAGUGAGUAAUAAAUGUGUGUGGAUCUCAGGUUUGAAGGCCCUGACGUAUGUGGUGCAGCAGGAUGCUAACCUGGCCCUGCCUCACCAGAUGACCAUCAUAGAGUGUCUGGACCACUCUGACAUCAUCAUUAAGCGUGAGGUGAGUCAUCGUAGUGUCUGGACCACUCUGACAUCAUCAUUAAGCGCGAGGUGAGUGAGGCAGGAUAUACCAUGGUGUGGCAGGGCUUUGGCAUUUAUUGUACUCAUAGGUGGGGUUGCAAAAUUCUUAAAAUUUUUCCCCAAAGUUCCCAGGUUUUCCAGAGAUCUCAGUUGGAGGAUUCCCAGAAUAAGUAGGGAGGGAACUUGGAAUCCUCCUACCGGGAUUUAUGGAAAAAUCUGGGAAAUUUGGUAACGUUUCCAGAAUUUGACAACCCUUCUUGACCUGUCAAUCAAUAUGCCCCUCCCCCUCUCCCCAACAGACACUGGAGUUACUCUUCCGCAUCACCAAUGCCCAGAACGUUACAGUGAUUGUCGAGAAGAUGCUUGAGUUCCUCAGGAUGACCAGUGACGACUACAGCACUAUAGACCUAGUGGGGAAAGUAGCAGAACUAGCUGAAAAAUAUCCUUUCAUUGUUGAGUCUUUUGGAGCUGUGGGCAUCAUGCUAUGGAAAUGGGUUUACUUAGGAUUAGCUAGUUGCUACAAUCAAAGGCUUUUAUUAUAUGUCUAUUGGUUUCUCUCUGCUGAUUGGCCAAGAAUUUUGUUAUCAGUGAGAUCUGGAGAAACCUAGAACGUCUGGACCUGAGACUAUGAUGAUAAUGGGAUUUAUUUAUUUAUUUAUUUAUUGUUGUUGUAAUUUUACCCACUUUUUCUCCCCAAUUUCAUUAUAUCCAAUUACGAUCUUGUCUCAUCGCUGCAACUCCCCAACGGGCUCGGGAGAGGCGAAGGUCGAGUCACGCGUCCCCCGAAACAUGACCCGCCAAGCCCGCGCUUCUCAACACCCGCUCGCUUAACCUGGAAGCCAGCCGCACCAAUGUGUUGGAGGAAAAACACCAUUCAACUGACGACCGAAGUCAGCUUGCAGGCGCCCGGCCCGCCACAAGGAGUCGCUAGAGCGCGACGAGCCAAGUAAAGCACCCUACGCCAAACCCUCCCCUAACCCAGGAUCGAACCCCAGGCUGUAGUGACACCGCAACACUGCGAUGCAGUGCCUUUAAACCGCUGCGCCACUCGGGAGGCCAGUUUGUAUCUGUUCUGUUGCUUUUUCAUUCAUGGCACCAAUCCCAAUGGUCUGUUGUUCCUAUAAACACCCUACGUAUGCCCCAGACAAUGGCUGGUUCAUCCAGACUAUGAACUCGGUGUUCUCUCUGGGGGGAGACGUGAUGCAGCCUGACAUCCCUAACAACUUCCUCAGAUUACUGGCUGAUGGUAAGUAAACCAAUGGACACCCUGAACCUUCCUCAGACUAUUAACUGAUGGUAAGUAAACCAAUGGACACGCUGAACCUUCCUCAGACUAUUAACGGAUGGUAAGUAAACCAAUGGACACCCUGAACCUUCCUCAGACUAUUAACUGAUGGUAAGUAAACCAAUGGUGUUUUCAGAUGAAUGGUGUUUUCAGAUGUUACUAGUGGUCGACAUUAAUUCCAUUUAUGUCAGGUUGGGGUCAAGUCCAUUUCAAUUCAGUGAAUUCAGGAAGCAAACUGACAUUUUUUUACAUUUUUCACAUAAAAACAUUUAGGGAAAUUAUUAUUAAAAUGUGAGUUUACUUCCCAAAUUGACUCAAUUGAAUGGAAUUGACCCCAUCCGUGGUUUACAUGCAGUAAUUGAUUCCAGGCCUCUGCUGCUCCAGGUGUUGAUAGUGUGGAGGACAGGCGGAUGAGGCUGUUUGCUGUGGACUCCUACGUGUCCUUGCUACAGGGAGAGACGGCCCAGCUGCCCCAACGCUUCCUACAGGUCAUCAGCUGGGUCCGUACACUGUCCUGGAUGCUGCUAAAAUGAUUGAACUCUGUUUCCAGUUUCAAUGGAAGACCUUUUUAAAGAGGCAUUUUGGUUGUUUUAUUAAAUGAAUGUGAUUGUUCCUGAUGAAUAAUUCAUUCCUACAUUCUGACAUCAACGUCCUCCAUUCAAAUAGACCUACCCCAAAACCAAAGAAAUCUAACUUCCUGAUCACCUCUAUGGUUUUCCCUGAUCUCUUCUUUUUUUUUUUUUUUACUGUAGGUGCUGGGUGAGUAUUCUCACCUGAGAGAGGAGCAGGACUCAGGCACAAUAAUGAGACUGCUGGCCAGACUUCUGGACCAGAGAAACACCUCCACUGAGACCAGGAGCUGGGUACUGGGAGCCAUGACCAAGCUGUGCUCCAACCCAGUGUCUGUGGCCCUGGCCAGGGAUGUGUGUGAGAGGUACUUGGCAUUCCCUGGGUUACCCUGGGUUACCAGUCUGUUUGUGCUAACAUUCCACACCUUGUACUCCGUGUCAUAUGCCAAACAUAUAUAUAUUUUUUACAUUUUAGUAAUUUAGCAGCCGCUCUUAUCCAGAGCGACUUACAGGCGUAAUUAGGGUUAAGUGCCUUGCUCAAGGGCACAUCAACAGAUUUUUCACCUUGUCGGCUCAGGGAUUCGAACCAGCAACCUUUCGGUUACUGGCCCAACGCUCUAAUUGCUAGGCUACCUGCCACCCCUGUAUGACACAGAGUUGGACUGGGAUGUUAGCACAAAACCAGUCUGGAUUCCAGGCUACUCUCCUACGCUCACACUUCUCACUAGCUGGUUUUGCUAGUAGUGGCUCUUCUGAAGACGUUUUCUUCUUGCAAUGACUGUGAUAUGUGUGUUUUUUUCUUUUUAACCUGCUUUAGGUGAACUAAAUGACUAAGUCACUCUGUAAUUUCACGUAAAUGUAGGUACUCUGGGUCUCUGAAUACGGUGCUCCGGCAGAGGGCCCAGGAACUGAUGAUCCUUAGCCAGGAUACAGAGCUCCGAGCCAGGGUACUGCCAGCCGAGGGCAGGCUAGAACACCUGGAGGUACAACGCCAUCUAUUGGCCCAACUUGUACUGCUACACCACAGAACGUCAUCGGCUCUAAAAACAAAAUGUUUAUCUUACAUUUGACAUUUUGACAUUUUAGUCAUUUAGCAGACGCUCUUAUCCAGAGCGACUGACAGUUAGUGAGUGCGUACAUUUUUCAUACUGGCCCCCUUUUCUCUUUAUCUUUUAUUUAAACUUUAUUCAACCAGGAAGUCUCUCUGGCCAAGAACAGACAAUCCCAAAGUAUUGAACGACUUUAAUAUUUGCAGUUGCUCUAACCAUUUCCUGUCUUGAGUUGGCUGUGGUGUUUGUUUCAUUCCUCAGGUAGACUCGUCCCUGUCCUUCCUGGAUGGCUUUGUGUCUGAGGCGUUGGCUGCUGGGGCAGCUCCUUACAAAUCUCCCCACCAGCGGCAGGAGGACCUGGCCCAGGAGAAAGGUAACAAGACGUGACGACCACCGCUUAGGGUUUUUUUUUUACUGGGAAAAACACGUCUAAUUUAUUUACGCUUUUUAUCAUUACUUCCUGUGAUCACAUGUAGGUAAAAUGACUGAAUGACUUGUAAGUCGCUUUGGAAAAAGCUGCUAAAUGGUAUAUUAUCAAUAGUCUGAUGCCGUUGUCUUUCGUUUUUUUUGACACAAAAGACAUUGCCCUACCCAGACACUUCAAAUAUAGUUAAUUUGACUCUCUACCUAUUCAUUGUUUUUUUUUUUUUUUUUUAACAUGGCUGCUGUAUGACUUCUCUUUUGGGAUAAAUAAAGUGUCUUCCUCAUCUCUUUCCCAGCUCUGACCCUGGAGCCCUAUGGUCUGUCCCUGCCGGUCGGUCUGUCCUCCUGCAGCGUCACAGACCGACUGACCGACGGACUUUCUCCUACUCUACUCUCCAUGAGCUCAGGCCUGUCUGGGAACGGCACCGAGCUAUCUCACGGAGGAGGGUAUGUUCUCAUCACUCUCUCAGUGUGACUAAUGAUGGGGAAGACAACUGAAUUUUGCUUCAACUGUGCCCAAAAAAAAAAAAAAAAAAUACACAAGUCUCUAUGGUUGUCAGUGUUUUAGCUCAGACUGACUAACUCACCACUGGUAGUUUGGGGUUUUGUUGAAACCAAAUUCAGGGUUAUAUUAGUACUCCAUGUUACUUAUAUAAACCAAGAAGUAGCAUAUAAACUGAGUGUACAAAACAAUUAAGGACACCUUCCUAAUUUUUUUUAAUGAUUUUAUUUUGUAUUUAACCUUUAUUUAACCAGGUAAGACCCAUUUUUGAGGUUAAAAACCUAUUUUGCGAGGGCGACCUGGCAAGAAGACAAAACAGGGAAACAGCAGCGCAUGUACAUAACAUAUUACGGAAAAAUACAAAAUACACACAAAAGACAAAGUUGUCACAAGUUCCAGAUACAACUGAAGAUAAUAGUAUAAAGUAAUCCUUCUUCCCCAUAAAAAAAUAAAUUAAAAAAAAGGUGGUUGUCCAAAUCCUUCUAUUAUAAGUUGAAUGCACCAAUUUGUAAGUCGCUCUGGGUAAGAGCGUCUGCUAAAUGACGUAAAUGUGAGAUUAGAAAAAACUGCAGCUGUCACAAACGGUGUCGUCGAUCAGAGUCUUAAAAAACAGGCGAGGACACUAACUCCCCGAACUUUAAUAUCUUUUGAAGCAUGCUCCAGGAUGAAGGGGCAUUAUGGGGAAAAAUAUUAUUUCCCCCCAUCUCAGUUCUAGCCUUAGGAACAGACAAGGACAGCAGCGACUGUGAACGAAGGCUGUAUUGAGUGACUGAUCUGGUCAGUAAGGAACAGAGAUACAAAGGGAGUUGUCCAAUUUAAUGCUUUGUACACAAAUAUUGAGUUGCACCCCCCUUUUGCCCUCAGAACAGCCUCAAUUCGUCGGGGCGUGUGGGCUCUACAAGGUGUCGAAACCGUUCCACAGGGACGCUGGCCCAUGUUGACCGCAGUGCUUCCCACAGAUGUAUCAAGUCUGGAUGUCCUUUGGGUGGUGGACCAUUCUUAAUACACACAGGAAACUGUUGAGUGUGGAAAAACCCUGGCUCCUACUACCAUACCCCCGUUCAAAGGCACUUCAAUCUUUUGUCUUGCCCAUUCACCCUCUCUCUGAAUAGCACACAUACACAAUCCAUGUCUCAAUUGUCUCCAGGCUUAAAAAUCCUUCUUUAACCUGUCUCCUCCCCUUCAUCUACACUGAUUGAAGUGGAUUUAACAAGUGACAUCAAAAAGGGAUCAUAGCUUUCACUUGGAUUCACCUGGUCAGUCUAUGUCAUGGAAAGAGCAGGUGUUCUUAAUGUUUUGUACACUCAGUUAGGGCUGUGGCGGUCAUUUACAUUUUAUCAGCCGGUUAUUGACGGCCGGUCUCACAGUAAUUGACUGUUAAUUAAUGUUUAGUAUCUCCAGGCCCCCACAAGCCAUUGAUGCGCACCUUUUUUUUUUUUUUUUUUUUAAGUAUAAUAAAUCCAUUUAAUAUACACCACCACAAUAAAUCCAUUAUUUAUUUUAGGCAGGUCUAAAGAAACAUUAUGAUAUGAAGAAAAUGUAUUUCAGAAGACCGGAAUAUGAGUUGGCCCACCGUAUGUUAUCUGGCUAUGCUCCACACCGUAGGCUGUAGACAAGAUAUGCUUACAAGUCCCCUGCCAUUUAUUUUAUAUUAUAUGAUUUUAUAGUAAGAAGAAUAUAAUUGAACUUAGCUGAAUGAAAUGGAAAGAAUACUUUUUCCCAUUUAAGGAGCGAGUGCACAUAUGAAGUGGAUAUGUUAAAGUAAAAGUGAUCAGGUCCUAUACGCUAGAUUUAGUUAUUUGGUAAAUGUAGUUGUGAAUGAUACAAUUAUCAGAAUCUCUUUUAGAAAUCAAAACAUAUAUGGGCAGCAUGAUGCGACUAUAGGAUAUUGAUGAUUUUGAGAAAGUUGCCAAAAAAAAAAAAAAGCUUGCGCUCUGAUCCUUGCCUCAGGCUACACACCCUGUUCUCUCGUCAAGUGAUCAUAUUUUCACCCAUCAGACUAUUCUCAAUGUAAUCUUGGUCUUUACUAAUAUGUCAAAUUAGUUUAGAUUUUAGGAAUGGCCCAUUUUAUCAAAUGGGUGGGAACAGCGGCAGGGAAAAAGACGUCAUCUGUAUGUACUGGAAUAGUGAAUGGAGGCAUCGCUCUUUCCUCCCGCCGGUCCAUCUUUCAAUGACGAUGGGUAGGCUACAUUUGGUUUUAUAGCGGAGCAUGUGAUUAAUAUGAGCUGCUGAGAAAUACAUAUAACAACACUUAUUUCACUCCACACAUCAAGAACUGUUUGAGGAAUAUGCUCUCAUUGCCCCGACCAGGUGAUAUUCCACCCAGUACUCUGUAUGCCAUGGGCUCUCCAACCCUCUUCCUCCAGCUACCCAGUACUCUGUAUGCCGUGGGUUCUCCAACCCUGUUCCUCCAGCUACCCAGUACUCUGUAUGCCAUGGGGCUCUCCAACCCUGUUCCUCCAGCUACCCAGUACUCUGUAUGCCAUGGGCUCUCCAACCCUGUUCCUCCAGCUACCCAGUACUCUGUAUGCCAUGGGCUCUCCAACCCUGUUCCUUCAGCUACCCAGUACUCUGUAUGCCGUGGGCUCUCCAACCCUGUUCCUGCAGCUACCCAGUACUCUGUAUGCCAUGGGCUCUCCAACCCUGUUCCUCCAGCUACCCAGUACUCUGUAUGCCAUGGGCUCUCCAACCCUGUUCCUGCAGCUACCCAGUACUCUGUAUGCCAUGGGCUCUCCAACCCUGUUCCUUCAGCUACACAGUACUCUGUAUGCCGUGGGCUCUCCAACCCUGUUCCAUCAGCUACCCAGUACUCUGUAUGCCGUGGGCUCUCCAACCCUGUUCCUCCAGCUACCCAGUACUCUGUAUACCAUGGGCUCUCCAACCCUGUUCCAUUAGCUACCCAGUACUCUGUAUGCCAUGGGCUCUCCAACCCUGUUCCUUCAGCUACACAGUACUCUGUAUGCCGUGGGCUCUCCAACCCUGUUCCUGCAGCUACCCAGUACUCUGUAUGCCAUGGGCUCUCCAACCCUGUUCCUUCAGCUACACAGUACUCUGUAUGCCAUGGGCUCUCCAACCCUGUUCCUUCAGCUACACAGUACUCUGUAUGCCGUGGGCUCUCCAACCCUGUUCCUCCAGCUACCCAGUACUCUGUAUGCCAUGGGCUCUCCAACCCUGUUCCAUUAGCUACCCAGUACUCUGUAUGCCAUGGGCUCUCCAACCCUGUUCCUCCAGCUACCCAGUACUCUGUAUGCCAUGGGCUCUCCAACCCUGUUCCUUCAGCUACCCAGUACUCUGUAUGCCAUGGGCUCUCCAACCCUGUUCCUCCAGCUACCCAGUACUCUGUAUGCCAUGGGCUCUCCAACCCUGUUCCUUCAGCUACCCAGUACUCUGUAUGCCGUGGGCUCUCCAACCCUGUUCCUUCAGCUACCACCCUGUUCCUUCAGCUACCCAGUACUCUGUAUGCCGUGGGCUCUCCAACCCUGUUCCUGCACCUACCCAGUACUCUGUAUGCCGUGGGCUCUCCAACCCUGUUCCUGCAGCUACCCAGUACUCUGUAUGCCAUGGGCUCUCCAACCCUGUUCCUCCAGCUACCCAGUACUCUGUAUGCCAUGGGCUCUCCAACCCUGUUCCUUCAGCUACCCAGUACUCUGUAUGCCGUGGGCUCUCCAACCCUGUUCCUGCAGCUACCCAGUACUCUGUAUGCCAUGGGCUCUCCAACCCUGUUCCAUCAGCUACCCAGUACUCUGUAUGCCAUGGGCUCUCCAACCCUGUUCCUUCAGCUACCCAGUACUCUGUAUGCCGUGGGCUCUCCAACCCUGGGCGGCAGGUGGCUUAGUGGUUAAGAGCGUUGUGUCAGUAACCGAAAGGUUGCUGGUUCUAAUCCCCGAGCCGACUAGGUGAAAAAUCUGUCGAUGUGCCCUUGAGCAAGGCACUUAACCCUAAUUGCUUCUGUAAGUCGCUCUGGAUAAGAGCGUCUGCUAAAUGACUAAAAUGUAAAAAUGUAAAAAAUUUACUCUGUAUGCCGUGGGCUCUCCAACCCUGUUCCGUCCAGCUACCCAGUACUCUGUAUGCCAUGGGCUCUCCAACCCUGUUCCUCCAGCUACCCAGUACUCUGUAUGCCAUGGGCUCUCCAACCCUGUUCCUCCAGCUACCCAGUACUCUGUAUGCCAUGGGCUCUCCAACCCUGUUCCUGCAGCUACCCAGUACUCUGUAUGCCGUGGGCUCUCCAACCCUGUUCCUGCAGCUACCCAGUACUCUGUAUGCCAUGGGCUCUCCAACCCUGUUCCUUCAGCUACCCAGUACUCUGUAUGCCAUGGGCUCUCCAACCCUGUUCCUCCAGCUACCCAGUACUCUGUAUGCCGUGAGCUCUCCAACCCUGUUCCUGCACCUACCCAGUACUCUGUAUGCCGUGGGCUCUCCAACCCUGUUCCUGCAGCUACCCAGUACUCUGUAUGCCGUGGGCUCUCCAACCCUGUUCCUUCAGCUACCCAGUACUCUGUAUGCCGUGGGCUCUCCAACCCUGUUCCUGCAGCUACCCAGUACUCUGUAUGCCAUGGGCUCUCCAACCCUGUUCCAUCAGCUACCCAGUACUCUGUAUGCCAUGGGCUCUCCAACCCUGUUCCUUCAGCUACCCAGUACUCUGUAUGCCGUGGGCUCUCCAACCCUGGGCGGCAGGUGGCUUAGUGGUUAAGAGCGUUGUGUCAGUAACCGAAAGGUUGCUGGUUCUAAUCCCCGAGCCGACUAGGUGAAAAAUCUGUCUGUGCCCUUGAGCAAGGCACUUAACCCUAAUUGCUUCUGUAAGUCGCUCUGGAUAAGAGCGUCUGCUAAAUGACUAAAAUGUAAAAAUGUAAAAAAUGUACUCUGUAUGCCGUGGGCUCUCCAACCCUGUUCCUGCAGCUACCCAGUACUCUGUAUGCCAUGGGCUCUCCAACCCUGUUCCUGCAGCUACCCAUUACUCUGUAUGCCAUGGGCUCUCCAACCCUGUUCCUCCAGCUACCCAGUACUCUGUAUGCCGUGGGCUCUCCAACCCUGUUCCUCCAGCUACCCAGUACUCUGUAUGCCAUGGGCUCUCCAACUCUGUUCCAUCAGCUACCCAUUACUCUGUAUGCCGUGGGCUCUCCAACCCUGUUCCUCCAGCUACCCAGUACUCUGUAUGCCAUGGGCUCUCCAACCCUGUUCCUCCAGCUACCCAGUACUCUGUAUGCCGUGGGCUCUCCAACCCUGUUCCUCCAGCUACCCAGUACUCUGUAUGCCAUGGGCUCUCCAUAGCUACCCAGUACUUGUAUGCCAUGGGCUCUCCAACCCUGUUCCUCCAGCUACCCAGUACUCUGUAUGCCAUGGGCUCUCCAACCCUGUUCCUCCAGCUACCCAGUACUCUGUAUGCCAUGGGCUCUCCAACCCUGUUCCUGCAGCUACCCAGUACUCUGUAUGCCAUGGGCUCUCCAACCCUGUUCCUCCAGCUACCCAGUACUCUGUAUGCCAUGGGCUCUCCAACCCUGUUCCAUCAGCUACCCAGUACUCUGUAUGCCAUGGGCUCUCCAACCCUGUUCCUUCAGCUACCCAGUACUCUGUAUGCCGUGGGCUCUCCAACCCUGUUCCUUCAGCUACCCAGUGCUUAACUUGGGAAACGUCGAUAUUAACAUGUUUUCGCAACUAAACAUGUUUCACUAAACUGUUGACAGCCCGUCUGUCUGCGCGCUCUAGAAAGGAAUGAAAGGGAGAGAGGAGGAGAUGGAAACGCACGGUGGUGAGAUAAUCUGUAGCUAAAUGUAAUGUGUCAGCCGAUUCAUUAUAAAAACAAUCCCUAUUACUAGGCUAUUCCAAAUCAAAUACAAAUUCACUAUUGUAGGCUAACCGUAAGCAGCCCUGCACAAUCAAUGAACCAACAGCAUGGCCUAGGCCGAUACGUUCUCUCCCAGACGCAUGGAUAGACAUUUUGGAGCGUAGCAGAAGGUAACCAGGCCAUCCAUUAUGCAUAAUAAUACAGUCCACACUCAAAAUAUGAUUACUAUAAUGUGUUUAAUUUGAGAGUAUAGGCUAGACUAAUGAUGUACCAAAGACAUCUUAAAUCAGUUUUGUUUGAUGUUUUUCUGCCAUGUAUAAUAUCUGGUAGGAUAUGUAUUGUAUGACGGCACAAUCAUAAUAUUCAUGCUUGGGCUCAAGCCUAUGCGUAAGCUUUAAUAUGCGUAUGGGUGUUUUUGAAUGAAUCAGCACCUUUUAGAAAGAGCUGUCCAUUGUUAGGCUUUGAAACAACAACCAUGUUUUUACACGGUUUCAACCUGCUGUUGAACUUCUUUCUUCAAAUUGAUCAUCACAGUGAGGUGAGUUUUAAAAGUAAGGUAGGCUUUCUGUUUUGAUGAUAAGUGUUUGAUGUGAUUUUCGAUUGUAUUUUCAUGAAUGUCAGAGUGGUUAGAGGGACAAUAGAGCCCUGAGUACCAGGCAGUUAGAGCCCUGAGUACCAGGCCAUUAGAGCCCUGAGUACCAGGCCAUUAGAGCCCUGAGUACCAGGCCAUUAGAGCCCCUGAGUACCAGGCCAUUAGAGCCCCUGAGUACCAGGCCAUUAGAGCCCCUGAGUACCAGGCCAUUAGAGCCCCUGAGUACCAGGCCAUUAGAGCCCCUGAGUACCAGGCCAUUAGAGCCCUGAGUACCAGGCCAUUAGAGCCCUGAGUACCAGGCCAUUAGAGCCCUGAGUACCAGGCCAUUAGGACCUGAUGGUCGUUAGCAAGUUGGGUACUACCAACGCAGAGUGCAAAAAUGGAGAUUACCAUGACUCGGCGGUCAUGGGGAAUUUUACUGCGGUCAUGAUUCAUGUUUGGCGGUAAUACAGUCACUGCAACAGCCCUAGACUCGGUGUAUAAUGAGAACAGUAUUGUUCCGAGAACAGAACCUUGAGGAAUUUAAACCAGACUGUUGACAUGUUCUUUGAUAUAUAUAUAUAUAUAUAUAUAUAUAUAUAUAUAUAUAUAUAUAAUCUUGUAGAAGACCCAGAUUAGUAUCCCAAUGUUAUUUCAGCUCUACCACUCUGAAGUUGGAUGGGGUGAAGAGGGUGUGGGGGAAGGAGGGUUACCUGGCCCAGCAGCAGAGUGUAGAAGACGCCCCAACCCCCCCAGUGCAGCUGCCCAGUCCCCUGCUGUCCCCCCAGAGGCCACCUUCCCAGACACAGACGCCUGAGCCUGACCAGGAGAAACAACAGCUGGCCUCGUCACUCUUCGUUGGCCUGGGGUCCCUCAACUCUGUGUGUCUGGUGAGAUUACCUUCUACUGUUUGUUCAUCAAGCAUGUCAAUCAAAUGUAUUUCAGGCUUUGUUUAAACCCUUUUACAUCAAUAGUUGUCAAAGUGCAGUAACCCGGCCUAGACUUCAAAGCAGAAACAUACAGGUGCUUUAGCUAUCAGCUCACAGCUUUUACUGUUAGCUAUCAGCUCACAGCUUUUACUGUUAGCUAUCAGCUCACAGCUUUUACUGUUAGCUAUCAGCUCACAGCGGGUACUGUUAGCUAUCAGCUCACAGCGGGUACUGUUAGCUAUCAGCUCACAGUGGGUACUGUUCGAUAUCAGCUGGUACUGUCCCCAACAGAUGGGCAGAGCCGAGCCGGCGCCCCAACACUUCAGAAGGAAACCCAGAGGUGGGUCAUCAGGCGCCAGCGAACGCUCCUCUGACUCCUCCCAUUCGUCUCGCAGCGCUGCCGUGGACAACCUGCUGCUCAGCAACCUGCUGGACUCGACCACUGUGGCCUCAGAAGGGGGUGCUACCACCACCACACCUCAACAGACCUCCCAGAGAACACUGGACCAUACCACGAGCAACGGUAGCCCCCAUGUAGAGGGGAAGGAGGAGGGAGUAGCAGCAGGAGGAUCUCUCUCUCUGAUCAGGGGCAUGGUGGCUGUUGUACUGCCCACACACACAGAGACAGACCCACAAUCAGAUCUACACCCAGCCCCUCACCCAGCUCCAGCCCCAGAGAGACCCGGGGACCUCCCUCUCACCUCCCACCUGCCAGCAGAGCUCUCUGGGCUGGCCCGCUCUGAGCUCACCCCCCUCUGCUCGGACCAGGACCCCAGCCUGGCUCUGUCAGCCUGUAGAGUGUAUAAAGAGGACGCCUUAGUGGUGCUGGUCUUCAUCGUCAACAACACUAACUCAACACUCCACCAGAUGGCGCUGCAGCUCACCUGCAAAGAACUGGAGGUAUAUUUUCAGACAGAACUUAACAACAAAGUUGCCUUGUUUUUCAGAAAUCCUGGUUGGAGGAUCCCGGAACCAAGACAGAAAAACCAGGGGAUCCUCCAAACCGGGAUUUAGAAAAACCAGGGAUCUUUGGCAAAGUUUCAGGAAUUUUGCAGCCCUAAUUCAAACUGGUGUCUAUCAUGUUGUUUCCCCCCUCAGAUCUCCUGUAUCUCAGGCAGUCCGUUAAAGGAGGUUAAGGGUCACAGUGUGUCGGUUUGUCUGCACACGGUUGUCAUGAAGAGAGCCUCAGUCCAGGUGGAGCUGGCAGGGCUGCUGUCCUACCAGAGACCCUUGGGCCAGCCUCGGGCAGCACAGUUCUCACUGAGCCUCUCCCUGAAACACUUCAUCAGGUAAAACCUCCUGCUAUCUGUAACUGGCAGCGCUGGUCUUACGGGUCACCCUGAAUCCUAAUGUCUCUCUUGGACAGAGUACGUAAAACAUAAAUGGUACCGUACAUCUGUCAUGAUCCAACGGAAAAAAAGUACGAAAAAAAUGUAACUAACUGUAAGUCGCUCUGGAUAAGAGCGUCUGCUAAAUGACUAAAAUGUCAAAUGUAACGACAGGAUGCGUGAGAAAAAGGAGCAGCCUUAGUUCCGGUGCUUUGGACAAAUCACGAUUUCGCAGGGGUUAGCGUCUUUUGAAUUUCGGAAAGCGGAGGGGAUAUAUUUGGCCAAUAGACUUGUCCGUAACUUGCAAAGAGAGAGGGUGGAGCUCAUAGUUCCGGUUCCCCUCCUAGUUCUAUCUCCUCUAUUAACACAUAUGGACCCAGAACGUAAAACGAGCAUCUGAAUAAUGACAUAAGACUUUAGUUCUGGGUUAACUGAGAUGACCUGAAUCCAAAUACAACUCCUACCCCUACUUCAUAGGCACUAGUGUAGAUCUGAGAGCGUAAACAAUAUGGCAGCAAUUCCAUCUGGCCAAUCAUACGGCGAGAUGGAGAUGGAGCCACCACCCUAAUGCUUACGUCCAAUGUUCUCAGCUCUACACCUAGUGCCUAUGGGGUAAGGGCUAGGGGUUGAUUUGGGGGGAUUCAGGGAUCCUCCGUUAGCCAAUACUACUUCCUGUGUGUGCAGACUGUUGACAUUCUACUUCCUGUUUGUCUUUUUAUGCAGGCCGCUGACUGUGUCCACAGGGGAGUAUGGGAAAAUGUGGUUGUCUUUCUCUCAUGACUUGAAGCAGAACCUUCGACUGGUAACAACAGAACACCAAGAACCUCUGACGGCCACACUGGACGCACUGAAGAGCAAACUACACCUCCACAUUGUCGACAUCAUAGGUCAGCAGGUGUUUUUAGUUCUGCCUGUCACAGUCUCAUAUGUCUUAAUGCUUUAACCCAGCCCUGACCAUUUAUAAAAUAUAAUGAUCAUCAAAAUACUGUUGUACAUCUUACUGUCGUAACUGUUGUCAAUACCACUUCCUCAUUAAGUGGGUAAUGGAAGUUAUUACUUUUUGACCUUUUUAUCCUUUCCCCUUAGGGUCAGAGGGCAUCGUGGCGUGCCGGCUGCUCCAGGGGGAAGGUCACGGUCAGCCGUGUCUGCUUCACUGUCGUGUCCACGCCGACACUCUGGCCGUGUGGCUGCGCUCCCCUGUCCCUGAGCUGCCGGACUCCCUCCUCUACCACUGUCAGAAAGCCCUGACGGAGACCUGAGCCGGGCCGUGUCUCAUUCCAGAAAGAUGUUCCACUUUUCCUUCUGCCCUCGUUCACCUCACUGGUCAAACAUGGCUUGAUCUGUUUUUUUUUUGUAAGUAAUAUUGGCAGCGACUAAGGAUGCGUUUAGACAGGCAGCCCA